AUGGUUGGAGACAAGCUAAGUCGCACGGCCUUGAACAUUGCCCGCCACUUGGUUGGAAUGCAUUCACGAGUUAAAAACAUUCAGCUUUGGUUAGAAGAUGGGCCAAGUAAUGUUGGCAUAGUUGCAAUUUGUGGAAUGGGUGGAAUAGGAAAGACAACCAUUGCAACAUUUCUGUAUAAUUUGAACUUCUCAAGAUUUGAAGGUGGCAGUUUUAUUGCAGAUGUAAGAGAAAUUUCACAACAACAAGAUGGUUUACUUCGUUUACAAAGACAGUUUCUUGCAGACAUUUGUAAGACAAGGAAGGUAAAACUAAACAGUAUUGCUGAAGGAACUGCUAUGAUUAAAGAUGCCAUAUGUUGCAAAAAAGUUUUUGUAGUUCUUGAUGAUGUUGAUAAACUUGACCAAAUUGAAGCACUACUUGGAAUGCGAGGUUGGCUUUUUCCAGGAAGUAAAAUCAUCAUAACCACCAAGCGUGAGCUAGGGGCUUAUGAAUUUUAUAAGGUGCAUAGGCUUGAAAAUUUGACAGACGAGGAAUCCUUGGAGCUCUUAAGCUGGCAUGCCUUUGGAAAAUAUUGUCCAAACAAUGGGUAUGGGGAGGUCUCAAAAAGGGUGGUAAGCUAUUGUGGAGGGCUACCAUUAGCAAUUAAAGUUCUAGAUGACCAUGACAAACAACUAUUCCUCCAUCUUGCUUGUUUUUUUGUUGGAAGCGAUAAGGAUUCUACGGUUACAAUCUUAGACGGAUGUGACUUUUACACAGCGGUUAGGAUUCAAAACCUCGUGGACAGAUGUCUGAUAUCGAUUGAUGAAAGUAAUAUGCUAGUAAUUCACCAUUUGCUUCAAGAAAUGGGAAGAGAAAUUGUUCACCAAGAGUCACCAAAGGAGCCAGGCAAACGUAGCAUCCUUUGGAAUCAUAAUGACGCAGUUAAUGUUUUGAGAGAAAACACUGGCACAAGCAAAACAGAAGGCCUCAAACUCGAUGUGUGUCUGUUGAAAGAAGAUGCAUAUGCUAGUACAAUUUUUGGUGACAAUAGAAAACGUCGCUAUGAAGAGUUCCUUGGGAAGCCCUUAUUGUCAAAUUUGGGUGGUUCGCUUAAAAUAUAUGGUUUCAAUACCGAAAAUUCAAAUCUAGUAGCUUUGGAAGCGGAUGCAUUUGCAAGGAUGCACAAACUAAAGCUUCUGCAGCUCAAUCAUAUACAUAUUAGUGGGCCCUAUAAAAAGUUUCCCAAAGGAUUAAGAUGGCUGUUCUGGCAUGGAUUCCCACUUAAGUCCAUACCUGGUGAUUUUCCUUUGGAGAGCCUGGUUGCUCUUGACAUGCAAUACAACCACUUAAAACAUGUAUGGGAAGGAACCAAGUUUCUGGGGUUGUUAAAAAUCCUCAAUCUAAGUCAUUCAUAUGACCUUGCCAAAACUCCCGAUUUUUCAGAACUCCCCAAUCUUGAGAGACUGGUGCUUAAAAAUUGUAGAAGUUUGAUUGAGGAAACGCUUGUCAUCUCCGGUUGCUCAAAUCUUGAUGGAUUGCCGACAAACAUGGGAAAUAUGGAGUCUCUAACUGUGCUCGAGGUAGAUGGAAUUGCUUUAAGUCAAUCUUUCCCUACCAAUGGGCAGGUGAAUGUAGUGCAAUCUUUCAUCUGGCCUUGGAGGUGGAAGCCAAGAGAAAGUUCGGAAAUUUCAUGGCCUUCUUUACCAUGGUCUUUGGUAAAAUUAAGUCUAGUGAACUGUAAUCUUUCGGAGGAUGAUUUCCCGAGCAAUCUUAGCAACCUAUGCUCACUGAAUGCACUAGAUUUGUCGUUCAAUCAAUUUUGUGUCUUCCCAGAUUUUGUCAAAGAUCUUAUGAAGCUUGAGUACUUAACCGUUUAUUCUUGCCCAAGGCUCCGCAGACUUGAUAGGGUCCCGCAACUACGUGAUUUCUUUUUUGCACACUCCGAGCCUAUUCAAGUAGAAUACAUAGGAAAUGUUGAAGCUGAGAUUAUUAACAAUUUGGGCUUGUCGAACUUGCAAUCUAUGGGAAACCUAACUAUAAAACUAACGUCAUGGCAUGGCAUGCGACAAAGGAGGCUUCCGCUCCAGGUAUGUUACGAAACACAUAUAAUCUCCGUUUAUAUUCCUGGUAGCAAGGUUCCUCUCUGGUUCAAUUUCAAGAAUCUAGGAUCCUCAAUUGAUUUUGUUGUGCCUUCAUAUCUUGAUUCAAGGUUCCGAGCCUUGAACCUGUGUUCAGUUUAUAAGCACUCUCGUGAUCCAAAAGACUAUGAACCACAUACGGUCGUAAGUAAUAGGACGAGGGGUUUGAUUUGGAAGCAUUGCCCACAUGUCCUUGGAACUGCAGAAGAUGGUGAAGAUACCAUGUGGUUAAGUUAUUGGAAGUCUGGAAAUCAUUUGGAAGGUGGCGAUGAAGUUAAUAUUUCAGUGUCUGGAGGUGAAUCUGUGCAAGUAAAGGAGGUUGGAGUCCGCCUUCUGUAUAAGGAGGAACAAGAAAGGAUGAGCUCCCAAUCAGCCUAUGAAGAUCAAAUACCCCAUCAACUCUAUCAAUUUGGAAAUAUUGUUCCAGGAAAUGUUUCUGCACAUCAGCCGGGAACAAAAUUGUACCAACUCGGCCUUCAUCUUGUUAAAUGCAAGCAUUGUGAGCAUCGGUACCCUCCACCGUGGAUUCCUGCCACUCCUGAUAAUGACUCUACUGUGGAAUGUUGGGCUACAUUAAAUUGGGACUAA